GCUUGUAGCAGGGGACCAGCAGAGUUCCCAUCUUCCAGCUUUGCCAACACCUGUAGGAUGAUGAUGUGUUGGGGUUUCAGGAUAGCAGCUUUUCUCACUUUGGGAGCCUCUGGAUGUUUUGGAGUUCAGCUCCCAUCACAGCUGUGCUGCCGGGGAUGGUAAGAAUUGCCGGCUGGCGAAGGUAGGCACUGGAAUCCAACAACUCCGGCGGGCGCCCAGUUGGAGAAGGCGGGCGAGCGUCUCGGCUUGAGCCCCGCCUUCUCCUGCUGGUGCCAGGAAUGGGCGUGGCGCAACGACCAGAGCCACGCCCCAAAUCUAAGCCGCUCCCUGUUGUGUACAGGUGUUGGGGCGGCAACUCAACUCCUCUCCUCUUUUUCAGUCUCCCCGCCCUCCGGUUUAGGGGAGCAGGUGCAUGGCGCCCACUAGAAAACAACGUCCGGACUGGUCCGCGUGGAAGGAGACACUCUGGCAGCCGGAAAGGUGAGAAGAUUGGGGAAGGGGUCCAUGCUGGUCAACACCCCCUCCUCCUCUCCCAGUCGGGGUGCAUCGCAAAUGUUGGGCAGAAGCUGAGCUGGGGCUUUCAUUCCCACGCCCUGCCCACCUGUUCCUAUAAAUCCCACUUCUGACACCAUGAUCUCUGCUAAGGACAAGGCAAAGGCUCCCAAAGACAGCAUGACGCUUCUUCCUUGCUUCUACUUUGUUGAGUUGCCCAUCGUCGCUUCAUCCAUCGUGACUCUCUACUUCCUGGAGCUGACAGACCUCUUCCGGCCAGCCAAGGUGGGCUUCCAGUGUUACGACCGAGCGCUUUCCAUGCCCUAUGUAGAAAGCAAUGAAGAAAUGAUUCCUUUGCUGAUGCUGCUAAGCUUGGCGUUUGCAGCUCCUGCAGCUUCUAUCAUGGUGGGCGAAGGCAUCGUGUAUUGCUUGCAGUCAAAGAUGAAGGGUCGUAGCAAUACUGAAGGCAGCAUAAAUGCCGGUGGCUGCAAUUUCAACUCCUUUCUCCGCAGGACGGUCCGGUUUGUGGGUGUCCAUGUGUUUGGCCUCUGUGCCACAGCCCUGGUGACCGAUGUCAUCCAAUUAGCCACAGGAUACCACGCCCCUUUCUUCUUGACCGUCUGUAAGCCCAACUAUACUCUCUUGGCUAUCUCCUGCGAGUUCAACCCUUACAUCACUCAAGAUAUCUGCUCAGGUCAAGACCAGCAUGCUAUUCUCUCAGCCAGGAAAACGUUCCCUUCUCAGCAUGCCACGCUGUCUGCGUUUGCUGCCGUCUACGUUUCCAUGUAUUUCAACUCCAUAAUCUCAGAUAGCACCAAGCUCCUCAAGCCAAUCUUGGUGUUCGGUUUUGCCAUCGCAGCUGGCAUUUGUGGCUUGACGCAGAUCACCCAGUACCGCAGCCACCCAAUUGAUGUUUACGUGGGCUUCUUGAUUGGUUCUGGUAUUGCUGCUUACCUGGCCUAUCAUGCAGUGGGCAACUUCCGGGCACCAAUAGAAAAGGCUCCCUCCAACCCUCCUGCCAAGGAUGCCCUCCGAGCCCUGACUCAACGUGGGCAUGACUCCGUUUACCACCAGAACAAGUCAGUCAGCACUGAUGAGCUCAACCCUCAGACCCGGCUGGAAGGGAUGAAUCGGCAAGUGCCACGUGAGAAGAACUCGCUAGGGAGCUUGAAACGGGCAAGUGUUGACGUGGACCUUUUGGCACCCCGGAGCCCUAUGGGCAAAGAAAACAUGGUGACCUUCAGUAACACAUUACCACGGGUCAGCACCCCCUCAAUGGACGAUCCUGCUCGCCGCCAUAUGACCAUCCACGUUCCAGUGGACGCCUCCCGAUCUAAACAGCUGAUCACUGAAUGGAAACAGAAAUCAGUGGAAGGCCGUGGAAUGACCUUGGCAGAAGAGGUGGCGAGGCGAGUUGGCUCAGAUUCCUUAGCUGGAGAAGAAGAGGAUCAUAUCCCACCUUCCUUGUACCCCACAGUCCAGGCUCGAACGGCUGAGCGUGCCUCUAUGGGUCCUCGGGUCCUCAUCCAGCCAAGACCCAGGGCCACUCAACUGGUCCACAUCCCUGAGGAAAGUCAAGCUAAUGCGGGUGCUAAUAUUUCACCCAAAAGCAGCUCGGCUGUGAGGGCCAAGUGGAUGAUGAUGGCUGAGAAGGGGGCCGCCCAACGGGUGGCCAACCCACCACGCCUCAUGCAGGUGAUUGCCAUGUCCAAGCAACCCGGGAUGGUAUCGGUGACACCCAAGCAUUCAGAGACAUCUUCGUCUUCCACCAGCUCUGACUCCUCCCAGUACUGCUCUCCAUCAGAAAGAGACAGCUCCAGUGUGGUUACCAUCGAUGCUCAUGCCCCUCACCACCCAGUCGUACAUCUGUCUUCUGGAAAUGGGCCUUGGGAAUGGAAGGCCACCCAGAAAGCUUCGGAUGGCCAAGAUGCUUACGAGCUCAAUGAGAUGAGCAAAGAUUACCAUGGGUUCCGGCCUGCCAAAAGUGCUGGAGUCUCGCCAGGUUCCUCUGUCAGCGACAUUGAACAGGAGGAGGCCCGUUACGGCAGCGUGGCCACCAUCAAUGUGUCAGUGGGUCUGGGAGGGAGUGCAUCAUUGGUUUCAGCAGAAACCAGCCCUGGAGAAAGCCUUCUGGGGGCCUCCAGCCGGGAAUCCACGCUGCGGAGAAAACCAGCUAGCUUAACAGUGGGGGAAAAGGAUGGGCAAGGCGAGGAGAUGGAAAAUUAUUAUAAGAAGAUGCAAGCCAACCGGGGAUUUAAGGAAUAAUCCCGUCACCUACCUCUGGCCACUGCUACCCUGGGCCAAAGUAUGAUUAAAAGUGCGACUUUUUUUCAAGCAAGCAUUGAAUUUCAGAUGGUAGGACUUUGUAAUGAUUAUAUUCGAAAACCAAGGUGAAAUCACAUGUUUUACCUGGUACAACAGUAAUUCAAAGACUGAAUAUAUAUUAACAAUUUUGGUGAAGUAGACAGUCUCCCGAAUGGCCCAAACCUCUAGGAUUCACAUGGAAAACAUUUUUAAACAGAGAAGAUUUGGAUCAAGUCACCUUUGGGAUUAUUCUGUCUUUUACUGCACUAGGAAUGGAUACUAUUGAAGAAUUCUUGGCUUGGUUUUCCAGAAGACUUAAAACAGACAAAAGAACAAAUAUGGGUGGUAUUAAAAUAAUUAUAGAUUAUUCAUAACUAGUGAUUGUAAUGAUAGCAAGAGUGAGAAGGUGAGACUGGAACAAUCCAGUCUGGGUUUAUUUGGGGUGUCUUCCUGAGCAACGCCAGUUGGAUAUAAGCCACCCUUUCCCAACCUGAUGCCUUUCAGAUUGGUUGGAUUUCAAUUCUUCCAAACCUGGCCUUUGGUGAACCCUUGCUUGGGAAGCCUGAGGUCAAAUUGCCCCUCCCCCCAGGAGUCUGUGGGGAGGUUGUAGUACUAAAGAUGGGGUAAUGUGUUAAUGAAGGGGUGGGAGAAUCUACCUCUAAAAUUUGAAUCUUCUGCGAUGCUUUGGAGCAGUGUUUCUCAAACCUGGCGAAUUUGAGAUAGGUGGACUUCAACUCCCAGAAUUCCCCAUCUUUGAAUAGAUAGGGAAGAUAGGUGAACUUCAACCCACAUGAAUUCUGGGAGUUGAAGUCCAUUAUAUCUUUUUUUAAAAAACUAUAUUGAUUUUUUUAAAAAAAAUAAUAAAAGACAAUACAAACUAAAUCCAGAAAAGAAAAGAAAAAUGAAGAAACAGAAUAGGAAGUGCAAAAGAAGAAAAAAGGAAAGAGGAAAAAAUAAGAAAAAGAGAAAAUAGUUAAAGUGAUUUUUGAUUCUUCAUCACAAGUACAAACGUAGUAAUUCUUCACCCCUUACAGUAUAAGGUACAUGCAAGUAGCUCUUCUUUCCAUAGCCCAUCCCUUACCCAUACUCAAAUCCAUAAAUUACUAACAUUUCAGUCCUAGUAACAACAAUCAGUCCAUAAAGUGUUCCAAGAAUUUUAUAGAAAAAUGUCUUAGUUUAACCUUGGUCAAACAAACCAACUUUGUAGUCCUUUGCUUCUAGCAAUCUUGAAUUUGCCACUGUUGCAAAUCUUGAAUUCAUUCAGAUGUUGUCGUAGGGUGUACUCUCUGUUCAGUUUUUCUUUUUCUCCAUCUCAAAGGUUCCUUUUAAGUUUUAGCAAACCUCUUUUGUAAAACCCAUUAAGGACAUUCUUUUGGCAUAUCAUUUGUAUUUAUUUAUACAAUAUACAGUAUGAAUGAAUUCAAGAUUGCUAGAAGCAAAAGAAGUACACGGAUGGUUUCUUUGACUAAGAUUAAAAUAAGACAUAUAUUUUCACUUUAGCUAUCAUGUCUGUCUUAUAAUCCAUAUCCCAUAUCUCCUGGAGUAAUUCAGAUGCAAUUUUCUAUCAUUUGUCUUAGUGCUGACCAAAGCCUGUCUCCUGGUGCUCAGUCUUGGAGGAAACUGCUAUAGCAAAAGCACUUAGACUUAUAAUACCAUUUCAUAGUGUUUUACAGCACUCUCUUAAGCUGUUUACAGAGUCAUUUUACCGACCUCAGAAGGAUGGAAGGCUGAGUCAAUCUUGUUAUCCUGCAGUUUUCUCAGCAGGAGGAGCCAUCUGGAGAAUAAGUAAACAAUCUCCUGUCCUCUCUGUGUCCAGAGAGGUUCUGUGAGACCAGUCUACUCACUGAUCAUAGUUGCAAUGUCAUCUCCACUUGCUCGGAGAUGUGUUAGCUCACCAUUCCUCACUCAGAAGUCAAAAUCUAAGCAUCUUGUCAAGUUUGAGAAACACUGCUUUAGAAAGAGAUUUUUUUCAUUCCAAACUAAAUUGGAAAUCUGUAAAUAUCGAAGUGUUUGAAAGUGAACAGAGAAGAGGAUGGAUGUAAAAUAGAAAGUUGUUGCAAACAUUUUUGAGAAUGUAAUUUGAUUAUAUUUCUUAUUCUGUCAUACAAGAGAGUAGGUCAUAUACCAGGCAGUGGAAAUAUUCUCCAAAUACAGACAUGGUAAAUUAGACAAUUCUUAGAAAGUGAGUUCAAAGAUAUUGCCCAUCACUAUCAAAGUAUUUUCUGAAGGCUACUGAGCUUACAAUGUCUUUGGGGCAGAAAGAAACAUUCACAGAAUUCAGUAUCCAUUUUAGAACCAUUUCUCCAUCUUAUAGCACCUGAGAUUUUGAGAGAUGUUAAAUAAUAUAUAAAUAUAUUAAACUUGGAGUAUAAUUGUCAAGAGUAAUGUUUCUCAUCCUUGGCAACAUGAAGAUAUGUGGACUUUAACUCCCAGAAUUCUCCAUGCUGGCUGGAGAAUUCUGGGAGUUGAAGUCCACUUAUCCUCACAUUGCUAAGGUUGAGAAACACUGGUCAAGAUGUUGAAUUCUUAGUUCAAAGCUUUACAGGCACUUAAACAAAAGCAUCUAAUGUCCCAUGAUUUCAAUCAAGUUAGAAAUAGAAACCUUAUUGGAUAGACCAGUGAUGGUGAACCUUUUAGAGACCGAGUGCCCAAAAACUGGCCCCGCCCACUC